AUGGUGACUUCAGAUGAGAGCUAUGAAAGAUCAGGCUUGAAUAACCAAUUUCUCCUCCUCUUGUCCAUCAGCGGUCUUUACGUGCUGCUGAGGGUUAAACUGGCACUAUGGCAUCAUAUUCGAAACCGAAACACCAUACCCUCCAUCUUUGCACAAACCGUGGUUCGGCACCCAGACAAGCCUGCGCUUGUGUAUGAAGCCACUGGGGAAACGUGGACUUUCUCCCAGUUAGAUCAGAUCUCCAAUGCUGUGGCCCACUGGGCCCUGAGCCAGGGCUGGACCGCAGGAGAUGUGGUGGCGCUAUUCAUGGAGAGCCGGCCGCUCCAAGUGGCGCUGUGGCUGGGCCUGGCCAAAGUAGGCGUAGAUGCCGCGCUCAUCAACUUUAACCUUCGACGGGAUUCGCUCCUGCACUGCAUGGGGGUGUCAGCAUCCCGAGCGCUGGUUUUCGGAGCAGAGCUAGUAGACGCUGUGUCUGAAGUGAGCUCCUCUUUGAGUGAGAGCAUGGUGCGGUUCAGCACGGGAGACCUCAGACCAGACCAGAUGGCCGCUCUGAAAUGCCACCCCCUUGACUCCAUUCUGGCAUCUGCCCCUCGAAACCCACCACCCUGUGCCGUGUCCAAGGGCUUCAACGAUCGUUUGUUCUAUAUCUACACUUCUGGCACCACAGGACUCCCUAAAGCUGCCAUAGUGGUGCACAGUCGAUAUUACAGGAUUGCUGCUUUCGGGUACCAUUCUUUUCGAAUGCGGCCAGAUGACAUCAUCUAUGACUGUUUACCCCUCUACCAUUCAGCAGGUAAUAUUAUGGGGGUGGGCCAGUGUCUGAUUCACGGUAUUACUGUGGUGGUCAAGAAGAAGUUCUCUGCAAGUCGCUUCUGGGAAGACUGCAUCAAACAUAACUGCACUGUUGUGCAGUACAUAGGCGAGAUUUGCCGUUACUUGCUGUCUCAGCCUGUGCGCCCCUCUGAGCGACAGCACCGUGUGCGUUUAGCCGUGGGAAAUGGGCUGCGGCCGAGCGUGUGGGAGGCUUUUAUGGAGCGUUUCGGAGUAAAACAGAUCGGCGAGUUCUAUGGAGCCACCGAGUGCAACUGCAGCAUUGCCAAUAUGGAUGGCAAGGUUGGAGCUUGUGGUUUUAACAGUCGCAUUCUGCCAAACGUGUACCCCAUCCGACUGCUGAAAGUGAAUGAGGAAACCAUGGAACUGGUUCGGGACAAGCAGGGACUGUGUGUGACUUGCCGACCUGGAGAGCCUGGGCUGUUGGUGGGGAGAAUUAAUCAGGAGGAUCCUCUGCGUCGGUUUGAUGGGUACGCUAGUCAGGAUGCCACCAGGAAGAAGAUCGCCUACAAUGUAUUCAAGAAAAACGACUCUGCAUAUCUGUCAGGUGAUGUUUUAGUUAUGGACGAGCUUGGGUACAUGUACUUCCGGGACCGGAGUGGUGACACGUUUCGUUGGAAAGGUGAGAACGUGUCCACUACUGAAGUGGAGGGAACACUGAGCAGCCUGUUGGGACAAACUGAUGUAGCAGUGUUUGGAGUAAACGUACCAGGUGUGGAGGGAAAGGCUGGAAUGGCUGCCAUUGCUGACUCAACAGGAAACUUCAACUGUAAUUCUUUCCUGAAAGAGGUUCAGCAAGCUCUUCCUCCUUAUGCACGGCCAGUAUUUCUACGCAUCUCCCCAUGUGUAGAUACCACAGGAACAUUUAAAAUUCAAAAGACCAGAUUGCAAAGGGAAGGAUACGAUCCACGGCUCACAACUGACCAGAUCUACUUUCUGAACUCCAGAGCAGGCCGUUAUGAGCUUGUGACCGAGGAGCUGUACAAUGCUUUUGAAGAAGGCAGGAUAUCCCUUUGAGACAAAGAAGAGAAGGUAGUCUGAACCUACCUGGUCUUCUAACCUGUGACCGCACCCAGUGUUACCACGAUGCAACAGAACCCACUCAGAUUUGUUCUGCUAGUAUUUAGACAGUUUUUACAUUUACAUGCUUUUGAAGGGGUUUCUUCAAUUUGGUAGCAAGCUGUCUUCACAAUGACAAGCUGAAUAUCUGAUAUGCAAUAGAUGAGACCGUGAGAGAGAAUUAUUUUAAUUUGUUAUUCUGAUUUGAUGGUAGCGUACAUGUGACAAAAUGCAAUAUGUGCACUCCCAAUUUUAACCAGUUCAAAAAAAA